AUGUCGCGACGGCUAGAAGACGAGGAGUGGCUGAUCCACCAGUCGCUGCCGAAGUUGCUGGCGUCGCAGCGCCGGGACCCAUUCAUCAAGACCUGCAUCACGUACUCGGGCGCCGCGUGCGUCGGGUUUACACUUCUGCUUAUCGGCGUGUUCGUCUGUGUCAUCGCGUACGACGUUCGCAGGACGGAUGGCCACGCCGUCGCAGUUUUUCCAGUGAAGGUCCGAUCGCUGCGCCGGGGACCUGUGCCCAUACUGUGCCACGUGAACGUGGCCAGAUUCUACGACAACGACGUCAGGUACAGGACGGUGGAUCUGCCUGGUAACUACUGCUCGCACCUCGUGCUCCCUCUGCGGGGAUUUUUCAGCGGCACCAAUGAAACACCGGACGCCAGUCUGGCCUUUGGACUGGUGCAAUCACGGCUAAUCGAACUGCGAAACGAAGUGAACAAGAGCUUCCCCCACCUCAAGUACCUGAUCUCCGUGGGUGACGAGAAUGGCGGUGGCAGCCGGCUGACUUUCCACGAAACGCCCAACGUGACCGCGUACAUGACCUUUAUCGUUGAGAUGGUUCGCUGGGUCCUGCACAACCGCUUCCAUGGGAUCGUGCUCAACCGCGUCUUCCCCAUCGAGAAGGAGCAUCAACGGCACAUGAGAGUCUUCUUGUCGCAUCUCAAACAGGUCAUGCACAAGCACGGACUCCUCUUUGUCGUCACCGCAUCGUCGCACACUGGCAUCUUCAAGUCGGGCGCCAGACCCGGUCGGUUGUCCCGCUUCCUCGAUUACGUUGGCGUCAUGACACAGGGUCUGCACCACCCGGCCAACGCUACUGACCGCAUUCUGAUACCACUCCACCAUCAGAGAGAGCGCAAAGGUAGAAGCGUCGAGGACUUCAUCGAGAACGUCAUUUCGAGCGGCCUACCUCGAAGCAGAGUGCUCCUUGCCGUAUCCUUGUCAGGCUUCGUGUGCACAAUGUCUCGGCUUCCAGAGAACAAGGAAGUUCCCAGGUGGAUCGACACACAUGCCGUCCGUGUCCUCUCGUACAAGGAGGCCUGUCAGUUGAUUCGACAAACCGAUUGGACCCUGUCCUACGACCGGGAGAGUGAGAAGCCGCACGCGUGGCGCAACAACGUCUGGAUUGGAUACGAGGACGAGAUAAGUGUGCGCAAGAUGGCCUCACUCGUGGAUAAGAUGUUCCUCGGUGGCGUCAUUCAUUUUGGAUGUUGGAAACGAUGA